UACUAAGCACUAUUUUACAUUCAUGUUUGAAUACCAUUGAGGGGAUGGCAUAUCUUGUAGACUUUGGUUUUGUGUGGUCCUGCACUGCAGCCUGGGGUUGAUUUUUUUUUCUCCCACCUUUUUUUUUUUUUUUUUUUUUUGAAAUCAUUACAAUUUCAGAGAAGUUCCUCUCUGCCAAAGUAAAUCCAAUGAAGGAAAUUGAGGGAUGUGGCCUUCUAUUCAAAUAAGACUCUAAUGAGGAAUAGGUCUAAUAUUCCUCCAUUAUUACAUUCUGAUGGAGACUAACAGUUUAUGGUGACCGAGUCAUACCCAGUACCAGUUUAUGUCCGUACCACACGGAAUAGGCCUAUAUAUUAAUAGUUAGGAUAUUUUCAGUGGCUCCCCUCUUAUUGCAGAAUGCCUCUUUGUUGAAAGGAACCAUUAGUCCUUUUCAGGCUGCAGAGUAGUGAUUGAAGCCGGAGCUGUGGUGCAAAUAUUUCAGCAUCAUAGCUGUUACAAAGUAGGAUAACAUUCUUAUUCCGAUGGCAACAUUAUUGCGCACCGCUUGUGGUUGCGUGUCCGACUGCUGUCAGAGCUGCAGAGAACUGGCUUGAGCCGAGGGACAGAGAGGGUGGGGAGAAGGAAAAUCAGGCCUGGAUGACGGCGCAGAAACUCGAAAACUUAACGCGUGCGAGUAUGUUUAUUUGAACGCUCGGCGUGGAAGGAGAGAGCGUGUUAGGUGCGUAAUUUGGAAAGGAUCGUCCCGUCACAACGGUUAAAAAAUGGCGUGCAAUUUUAAAUAAAAUAAGGCGCCAUUUCUUCAUCGUCUGAGCCGCUGUGAUAUAGAUAUUGGCCUUAUAAUUGCAACAGGGAGAUGCGUGUCAUAUAAAACUAAAUCGCCGCGGCAGUUUAUGGUGUUUUUUUUGUAAAACGUAUCUGGAAAGCGAUGUCAAAACAUAGAAAGGUUGAAUUGCGCCGCGCGUAAUGGCUCGCUACUCCAGUCCGGAUUUUGCAUGUGAGGCGCGCCGGAGCCCUGGAGGUGGAUAAGCUGGUAGAGCCCGCUCUCUCUCAUGCCAUGCUGGGCCACAAGGGCUCCGGGAGACGCUGCUACAUAUUACUGAGAACCGGGAUGGAGGAGAGGCGGAGGGGGGAAGGAAAAAGUUUCGUUUAAACCUGGCAGAGAAACUUUCAACAUGAAGCCUCACUGACGCACCGUUUCACCGCCACAGCAACGCCAGCGCUAGAACAAAGCUUCCUUUUCCACUGAAUAUAUUUUUUUUUCCACCUCCCAGCUUGUGUUUUUCUUCCCCUCGUGUUAUUUUUCUGUGUGCGAGGCUGGUCGGGGCUUGCUGUCACUGCGCGCUGAGAUGUUGGAGUGACCAUGGCUGCGCAAGUGGCAUCGGCUCCGACCAGAACUAGUAACAAAAAUAAGAAAUUAUCCGGCGGUUUGGGUCCGGAGCUCAAUUCGGGGAAAUCCGGAGGAGGAGGGACAGUACAGCGAAGUGGACCGAUGCUGGGUGCCGGAGAUGGGACUCUGAAUAAUGUAGACCAUCACCGCCGAAACGAUCUCAGCAUGGUCCAUUCAACUUCCACGACUCACAGCGCUCCGGACGGCCACGACAAGGCUGGGAAUAACCUAACGUCCGCCUCGGCGUCGACUAAUUCAACCACUUCCUCGAUGGAAACGGGUUUGAUCGCGAACCACAAGCUGAAAUGUGUAGGGACCGGAGAUCCCCCUCAGUCUCAGCCGCCGCCGUCGCAGCAGCAGCAGCCGCCGCCGCAAUUCGGCCAGUUUGCGCCACAUCAGCAGCGACAGAUUCAAAGUAACAACACGGCCAACAAUAACGGCCAGGUGCCCCGUGGGGACAGAAGUAUGGAUCACCAACACCACGGCGGCAAAGAGAACCUGUUGGGGGGCCAGGAGGAGCCACAGCAGCAGCACAUGCCAGGGAAAGGUGAGGGGGACCUCACCUGUAAACCCUCGGAGAGGAUGAUGAAUACCAGGUAUGAACACACUAACUUGGGUCCACCUAGUAACAACUCCGAGUUUAACAACAACUAUUACACUCCAAGGCCCUGUUAUGAGCAACAUGGCGGGCAGCAGCAGCAGCAGCAGCAGCAAAGCAGUGGGAUGGGGAUAACGCACUCCUCGGCACAUAACAGCAUAGAGAACUCCCACGAAGCAGGGUACCACAACAGCCAGUACAACCAGUAUCCAGCGUACAGGGCGGGCUACGGCGGCGGGGCCUACGGGAUGAUGGGGCCCUCUGGAUGCCGGCAACCCGGGAACAUGAUGAUGGGCAGCAACUCCUCCGCAAGCCACGGCAAGUCUCCCCUGGGGGCCGCUUCGGGUGGCUUUCAAAGGUUCCCGGGACAAACGCAGCAACAGCAACAGCAGCAACAGCAGCAGCAGCAUCCAUCAGGGGCCACCCCGACCCUCAACCAGCUGUUGACAUCCCCGAGCCCCAUGAUGCGGGGCUACGGUGGUGCCUACCAAGACUACAGCGGCCCCACGGCUCAGCAGCAAGCCGGCAUGGGCCUGGGUAAAGACGUGGGGCCCCAGUACGGAGCCACCACGACCCACUGGGGAGGGCAACAGAGGAGCCAUCCGCAUUCAAUGCACCCGGGAAACGGAGGACAAGGCCUCGGCAGGACGCAGGUGUCCUCCAUGGACUUCAUGGCCAUGAAGCGCUCGCAGCUGUACGGCAUGGCCAACAACCCCUACUCCGCGCCGCAGCAGCCCGGGGCCGGACCCUACCCGCCCAGCCAGCCGUACGCGUCGCCUCCCCCCCACCGAUACCCGAUGAGCAUGCAGGGGAGGGGCCAGAUGGGCAUGGGCGGAAUGCAGUAUCCUCAACAACAGCAGGUGGCGCCGUACGGCCAGCAGGGGAUGGGGGGCUACAGCCAGCAACAACAACAACAGCAGCAGCAGCAGCAGCAGCAGCAGCAGCAGCAGGGGGGGCAGCAGGGAACCCCGCCAUACUUCAGCCCCCCCCAGCAGACCCCGCCGGGCCCCACGCAGAGUUCCUACCUGCAGCCUCGGCCACCGCUGCAACAGGAGGCCCAGCAGGAGAGCUUCAACAUCAGGGGACCCGCCCCAGGGAAUUCUGGGAAGCCCAACAGCGAGGAUGGCGUCCCCCAGGACCGCCCCUCCAGUCUGCCGGAUCUGUCUGGCUCCAUUGACGACCUACCCACCGGGACCGAGGCCGGCCUGGGCUCAACUGUCAGCGCCGGCGGCUCCUCCAGCAGCAGCAGCAGCAGCAGCCAAGGGGAGCAGGGAGGCGCCGGCAACCAGGGACAGUCCCCCUUCUCCCCUCACGCCUCCCCGCACCUCCCCAGCCAGAGGAGCGGGCCCUCCCCCUCCCCCGUGGGCUCCCCCGCGGGCUCCACUCAGUCCCAGCAGUCCCGGUCGGGCUCGGGACCCAUCUCGCCCGCCAGUGGACCCCCCGCCAACACCGCCGCACCAGGUUCGACCAUGGCCCCGCAGAGCGCUGGAAACGGACCAGAUGGAGCCCACCCGCCUAUCACACGCUCACCUAUGGCCCAGGACAGAGGGUUCAUGUCCAACAUGCAGAGAAACCAGGCCAGCUCCCAGUUUGCCUCCCCACACUCCGGACCUCCCAUGUCCCCCCACCCGUCACCUGGUGGCCCACUGUAUGCCGGCAUGGGUCCGUACUCCCAGAGUGGACCAACGGGCGCUUAUGGACCUCAAGGACCCCAGUACGGACACCAAGGUAACUACCCCCGGCCCUCUAACUACAGCGGGACGGCCAGCAGCAGCUACAGCGGCCCCGGCCCCGGCAUGACCAACAGUCUGGGAAUAAACGCCACCAGCCCCAUGCACGGCCAGGGGCCCGGCCAGCCUGCACCCGGGGGACGCGGCCACGGCCCGGGCGGUCAGAACAGGACGUACCCGUCCAUGGGUCCCAGCUCUCCGAGCAUGCCCCAACCGGCCGGGCCAGGGAUGGGCCCCCCUUCUUUGGGCGGCUCCAACCGCAAGGCCCAGGAGGCAGCGACCGUGCCGGGAUCGGCCAACUCUGUACACAACAGGCUGCCUCAGUACGCCAGGCCCCCGGCCCAGAUGCAGCCGUCCUCCGCCCACUGGCCCCACCCUCCCUCCGCCCGUCCACCGCCUUCACCUCCACCCAGACCUCACCAUCCAUCCAUCCUGCCUCCCUCACACUCACAGCAACAUAGGCAGGGCAACUACCAAGGCCCUGGCAUCGGCCAAGGGAGCGCUGUCCCCUACAGCCAGCCGACAGCCAACAACAGUUCAGCCACGGGCAACGCACAGGGUCCGGCCUACAAUAUGCCCCCUUCAGGAGCCAUGGGACUUCCAGGAGAUGGUGUAAUGAGCCCUGACAGUAAACCAAAAAUGGACGUCAAAGACGACAGCGGCCCCGCCAACGAGCCCCACAAAUCAAAGCUUCAGGAUGGCUACAUCAACAACAACAGCAGCAGCGGCGGUUCCCAGCAGUGCGUUUCCCAGCCAGCCACUCCAGGCGGCGCCCUCCCCGUGCCCUCCCCCCUCUCACCCAGCCCCGCCAGCCUGUCCUCCUACCACGGGGACGACAGCGACAGCAUCAGCAGCCCUCCGUGGCCACUCAAGGCUCCCUCCAGCCCCAAACCCAACCCCAACUCCUCCAGCCUCAGCGGCGAGCGAAUUACGCGGCUGUACGAGCUGGGCGUGGAGCCCGAGAGGCGGAGCUGGGUGGAGCGAUACCUGAACUUCAUGGAGGAGCGGGGCACGCCCGUCGCCCAGCUUCCCGCUGUGGGAAAAAAGCCACUGGACCUCUGGAAGCUCUACGUGGCCGUUCGGGAGAUAGGAGGCCUCGCCAUGGUGAACAAGAACAAGAAGUGGCGCGAGCUGUCCACCACCCUGAACGUCGGCACAUCCAGCAGCUCGGCCAGCUCCCUGAAGAAGCAGUACAUCCAGUAUCUGUUCGCCUACGAAUGUAAGAUGGAGAGGGGGGAGGAGCCUCCAGGGGACAGCAACAGUAGCAGCAGCGUGGCCGGAGGAGACAACAGGAAGCAGGUCAAGAUCCAGCCGCCCUCACCUGCUAAUUCAGGCGGCUCCCUCCAGGGCCCGCAGACGCCUCAGUCCUCUGGCAGCAGCUCCACGGCCGAGGCAGCCGGCGACCUGAAACCCCCCACACCUGCCACCACCCCUCUGGGACAGGUCACACCACUGCCCCCCAACAGGAGCAGCGUCAGCGUGCAGGACCCGUUCUCGGAGGUGAGCGACCCGGCCUUCCAGAAGCGGGCCGCCACCCUCCCGCCCUCAGCUCCUUACCAGCAGGGCCUCAGCAUGCCCGACAUGAUGAUGAGGAUGCAGUACGACGCCAAGGACCCCUUCGCCGGGAUGAGGAAGAUGGCAGGAGCAGAUCCCUACAUGCCAGGCCAGAUGCCCAGUGGUGCUAUGCAGGACAUAUACGGUCGCCCUCCGUCAGCCCUGAGCAUGAGCCAAAGGUCACAGUACCCAUACGGCCCAGGCUACGACAGGAGACCGGACCAUGUGAUGGGGAUGGAGGGGACCAUGGGUCCUCCUGGGAGUCAGAACAACUUGGGACCUUCCAACAGUGAGGGCAGCAUGUACUCUCCCAGCAGAUAUCCUUCACAGCAGAGGCAUGAUGGAUACAGCCAGCAGUAUCCCAGCAUGCCAUAUGGGAUGCAUCCAUCUGGGAUGUACGCACAGCAACAGCAGGGCUACAAACGGCCGAUGGAAGGAAUGUACGGCCCCCCUCCCAAGAGACACGAGAGCGACAUGUACGCCAUGCAGUAUACCAACCAGCAGCCGGACAUGUACAACCAUUACGGUGGCGGGUACUCAGGCCCUGACCACAGACCCAUCCAGGGACAGUUCCCUUACCCCUACCCUCGCGACCGAAUGGCUCCGUCGGGGCAGAGCCAGCACAGUAUGAUGGGCGGGGGGCCCACCCCUAAUCACGCUGCCGACGGGCCCAACAUGUGGCCUUCGAGAACGGACCUCGGCUAUCACUACCCCAACAGACAGGGGCCGCCGUCACAGAUGCCGCCUUAUGGGCCGCUUGGCAGAGACGACAUAGACGGUCGGCCCGGGCAGGAACCGUGGCACCGCCAGUCUCCCUACAUGUCAUCGUCAGGUGGCAUGACUCCCUUGUCUUCGCGCCAGCCUUCAUCUUAUUCCAACUCUCCGUCCAUGGCCAACCACCUGCCCAGAGCUCCCAGCCCGGGAUCCUUCCAGCGCUCCAUGGACUCUCGAAUGUCUCCCAGCAAAGCACCGUUCAUGUCCCCCAUGAAAAUGCCUAAGCCUGGGCUGGGCAUGAUGGGCUCACAGGGCAGUGGACCCAUUGGUCAGUUUCCUCCUAACCUGAGGAGGGACCUCAACUACCCACCGGGGUCAGUGGAGGCCACCAUGCCGUUUCUCAAACCUCGACGCAAGCUCACCUCCAAGGACAGUGGAACGCCUGAGGCCUGGCGCGUGAUGAUGUCUCUGAAGUCCGGCCUGCUGGCGGAGAGCACAUGGGCCUUAGAUACCAUCAACAUCCUGCUGUACGAUGACAGCACUGUGGCCUCCUUUAACCUCUCCCAGUUGCCUGGAUUCCUUGAGCUCAUUGUGGAGUACUUCCGCCGUUGCCUGAUUGAGAUCUUUGGCAUCCUGGAAGAGUUUGAGGUCGGGACCAAGGUUCAGAGCAGCCAUUUGACUUCAGCUACUACCCAGAAAGAGGGCCCUACCCCUGAGCGAGAAGCUGUCUCCACAGUCCUACCUGAACCAGAGUCCUCCUUGACCGCUGAGACACAAGUGGAGCAAGCAGGAGACAUCAUGGACGAAGCUCCAUCUGUCUCUGCAGAGCCGGCUGAGGUGAACGGCGAGAAGGAGGAGCCAGAGGUGAGGAUCAAAAAGGAGGAAAAGGAUGAAGAAAAUAGUGAAAAGGAGGAAAAACAAGAAGAAGAGAGUGAAAAAGCAACAGAGAGUAAAACAGAGUCUGUGGACCAACCUGUUGUAGAGUCAGAACCUAAACCUAAACAAGCCAGCAAGUAUGAUAAGCUCCCCAUCAAGAUAGUCCCCAAAGAGGACCUGAUCGAAGACCUGACCGAGCGCUUAGGCUACGUUACCGAGUUUACCAGUGGGCUUCUGCACUGGCAGGCUGGCGGAGGCGACUCCACCGCACACAUUCAGACGCACUUUGAACCCCGGACUGAACCACCAGCCAGAGCGGAGGACAAACUAACAAACGGGAGCAAACAGGAAACCGAGAAGGACGACGAAAAGAAGCAACCCCUGAAACAUAUCACCGCUACUAUCGAUGACGUCCUGUGCGCCAGGGUCGACGCCCUGUCUUACGCCCACCCUGCGCGCUCCCUGCCGUCUUACCCCUUCAGGGUGCAUCCGGACGGGGAGCAGGACCGCAUCACGUUGCUGGAGGACGAGCCCCGCUGCCUGGACGAAGCUCCGCUCUCCACAACCUCUGCGUGGCAGGACUCGCUGUCCAAGCGUUGCCUGUGCGUCUCCAACAUCGUCCGGAGUCUGUCCUUCAUCCCCGGGAACGACUUGGACAUGUCGCGCCACCCAGCUCUGGUUCUCCUCCUGGGCAGGCUGCUCCUGCUGCACCACCUGCAUCCGGAGAGGAACAGGUCACCCCCCAGCUACCAGAGGGACGAGCAGCAGGAGCGAGGUCUGUCCACUAGCAAAGAGGAGUGGUGGUGGGAGUGUCUGGGUCUGCUCAGGGAGAACGCCAUGGUCACUCUCGCCAACAUCGCCGGCCAGCUGGACCUCUCCACCUAUUCAGACACUAUCUGCCUCCCCAUCCUGGACGGCCUUCUCCACUGGAUGGUUUGCCCCUCAGCUGAAGCCCAGGACCCCUUUCCAUCAGCUGCGCCCCAUUCCCUGCUCUCCCCCCAGAGGCUGGUGCUGGAGUGCCUCUGCAAGCUGAGCAUCCAGGAAGGCAACGUCGACCUCCUUCUAGCCACGCCGCCGUUCAGCCGCCAGGAGAAACUCUUCACGGUCUUGCUGCGCUACGUGGCUCAGAGGAAAGCCCAGGUGUACAGGGAGAUGGCGGUGGCCGUCCUUUCCCACCUGGCGCAGGGAGACCCCACGGCAGCACGAGCCAUUGCCAUGCAGAAAGGCAGCGUGGGUAAUUUGGUAGGCUUCCUGGAGGAUGGAGUCAGCAUGGCGCAGUACCAGCAGAACCCUCACAGCUUGCUGCACAUGGGGCACCCUCCGAUGGACCCCCCGAGCAUAAACAUGAUGUGCAGGGCAGCUAAAGGCCUGUUGGCUAUGGCGAAAGUGGAGGAGAACAAAGCAGAGUUUGUACUGUACGAAAGCAGAUUAUUAGACAUCUCCAUUUCCUCGGUGCUCAACGCCGGAGUGGUCGCCAUCAUUUGCCAAGUUCUGUUCCACUUAGGAAAAUUAUGACAGGAGGAGAGGCGGGACUCACGGGGCAGACACUAAGGCCAACAGGAUAUUUCUGUGGUUUUCUAUUUUUAUUUAUCAAAAAUGACAGAAAAUGUUUGUGUUUUUUAAAAAGAAAUAUCCACAUGAACAAAAAUGUCUCUCUCUCUAUAUAUAUGUACAGUAUAGCUUCUGGGCCCUGUUAGAAAAAGAAAAAAAAAGUGGCUUUGGGAUUUGAAAGCUCAUUUUAAUACAAAUAUUUAAUACCUGCUGGUGUUGGAUUGCUACAUUUGAUAUUUCGUUGGGCGUUUGUUUUUCGUUUGUUUACUUUUUUCAGCCAAAGCUGCCACCAGAUUUUGGUGCUGAAUUACGUGGUUCGUUUUGAGUCGAUGGGGUGUUUUUUCAGUUUUAUAAAUGCUAAUAUACUCAUCAACAUUUUGUUAAUGGAGAGUAUUUAUUUAAAAUGUGACACUGUACAGUAGUUUAAACUUUUUUGCCGACGGUUGUGGGGGAGGGGGGAGUGAAAAAAAAAAACGAAAACAAACAAAAAAAAAAAACACUGACUUUUUAAGAUGAAAUGUAUAUGUCUCCAUCGCUGGAAGAUACAUUGUGCAAUAGGACUAGAGCAAGUUGUCCCUUUUGAAAACAAGAGGAUGUGAGGUCUUCACAGAAACCUGCAGUGUGUGCUUUAGGCCAUGAGGAGGCAGCAUUGCACCAGCCAAUCAACAUCAGAGAAAAGCGUCUGUCAGAAGAAGUGUUUAAUUUAUCAGUCGUAGCCUCUAUGACUUUCACAGAUGAACUUUGUGUUUCCUAAGCACUUGUGUUAUGUCUGUAUUUUUUCAUCACUGUGUAUAUAAACUGUUGUACAAUGGACGCACACGAUUCUUUCUGUCUCUAUCAAGCAUAGCAGGAAACGGGACUUUCUGACUAUUAUAUCAAAUGCUUUUAUUGUUGGUAAAAUUUGGUAUUGUUACUAUACAUAUUUUGUUAAUGGGGUCAAAUAUUUGGAGAUGGCAGAUGUACCUGAUGUUUCAGUGUAAAAAUUCCUGUAUGCAUUGUAUUAUAGCUGAGAAAACAAUCGCUUUGGAAAUCAAACGUGGAAGUGCCAGGGUGAGAGGGUAAGGAAGCGAGGCCACAUGAAAAAACAGAACAUAUCUCUGUUUGUUUACUGUCCUUCAUUCAUGUCUAUGGGCAUAUUUUUGAAUCUACAAGACGCUCUAAAAGAAACACGUGAAAAGACCCUUUCAAAAUGUCCUGAAAGCUCAUUGUAAAAUUUUUCUUUUCUUAUGACGCCAUGUCUCUUUUAUUCAGUAUACACAUUUAUACUCUGUGCUGCACAUGUCACAAAUAAAUGUACGAUGAACAUCGUUAAGCACUGGAGACGUUGCAUUAUGUCCAGACAAUCUUAGGCCAAUAAAACAAACAUCAACUGCUUA